AUGGCCGAGAACAAAGCUGCCUGGGUCGAUUCACCCUCAGGCUAUCCUCUCAACAUACGAGAAGCGCCCAAGGCAACUGCUGGCCCCGGAGAGAUUGUCAUCAAAAAUGCUGCUGUCUCUAUUAAUCCUGUAGAUUGGAAGAUCCAGGUCCAUGGGAGAUACCUAUCAGUAUAUCCUUUCAUUCUGGGGGAAGACGCGGCUGGCUUUGUCGAGGAAGUUGGAACAGGCGUUACUCGCUUCAAGAAAGGCGGCAGAGUCGUUGCACAUUGCCAUGGCCUCAUGACAAAGGACCCGGCAAAUUCGGCCUUUCAAUCCUAUCCAGUUGUCCUUGACACCUUGGUCUCUCCUAUUCCAGACUCGAUGACUUUUGAAGAGGCUGUCGUUCUUCCUCUCGCCAUCUCGACAGCCUGUGCUGUUCUAUACGCCAAGGAUCUUCUCGAUCUACCGCUACCCUCGGUCAAGAAGCCUGCUAGCAAUGGAAAGACCAUAUUGAUCUGGGGCGGCGCGUCAUACGUAGGUGCAACGGCCAUUCAGUUGGCUGCUGCAUCUGGUGUGACUGUAGUUAUCACAGCCUCCCCUGCCAACCACGAAUUCGUCAAGAGCCUGGGUGCCAGUGCCACUUUCGAAUACAAGAGUCCUACAGUGGUCGAGGAUAUCGCCAAACCCCUGAAAGAGACUACGUUUAUUGGAGUGUAUGAUGCCAUCGGCGCAGAUUCUAGCUUCGAUGCUGUAUCUGACAUCUUUGACCGCCUCGACAAGAGCGUUCCUGUUGCCAGUGUCCUCCCGAGCAGCAAGAGUACUGAGCGAUUCAAGCCCACUUACGCUAUGGGUCCAUCUGAUCUAACCCCCACUCCUUGUGACGAACCUAACCAACAUGUCGGGGAGUGGAUCUGGAAGACCUUCAUUCCUGAAGCCCUGGAGAAUGGAUCCUUCCAGACCAAGCCCGACCCUUCUGUCUCUGAUCACGGCAUCGGACACUCGGGCAUACGGCAAUCCUGGCGACCUGGCUCAGGAUGCCAACCUCGACUUGGUAGUAUGCAGCACUCGAGUUGA